AUGAACCCAUUUCUUCUGUCGCCAUCUUUUUUUACGAGAUACACUUUCUUUUAUUUUUUUUAUUUGUCCGCGAUUCGACUUUACUUUCUUCCUCUUAAGUAUAUCUCUCGUUUUGUUUUUCUUGGUUCUUUUUUCUUUCUCUUUUGUGUACUUCUCUUUUCUUCUCUUCCCGUGUCUUUCUUCUCUUCCGGUGUCUUUCUUCUCUUCCCGUGUCUCUCUUCUCUUGUCCUCUCUUGUCUUGCCUUGUCUUUCCUUCUCUUCUACCCUUGUCUUUCCUUCUCUUCUACCCUUGUCUUUCCUUCUCUUCUACCCUUCUCUUUUCUUUCCUUCUCUUCUACCCUUCUCUUUUCUUUCCUUCUCUUCUACCCUUCUCUUUUCUUUUUCCUUCUCUUCUACCCUUCUCUUUUCUUUCCUUCUCUUCUACCCUUCUCUUUUCUUUCCUUCUCUUCUACCCUUCUCUUUUCUUUCCUUCUCUUCUACCCUUCUCUUUUCUUUCCUUCUCUUCUACCCUUCUCUUUUCUUUCCUUCUCUUCUACCCUUCUCUUUUCUUUCCUUCUCUUUCUAACAUCUGCAGUAUUUUAUUUUAUCUAUCUUUGCCUCACAUAUUCCCUCCUAUUCAAAUUUCUUUCUCUAUCUGUUAUUACAAAUUUACUUUAUACAUUUUUCUUGUGUUUCUACAGUUUUCUCUCACUUCCUUUUUAUAUGUGA